GAGUAUUUCCGCGUCUUCAGUAGAUUGUUUAAAGAGAGAAGUAGGUGAGCAGAGUUAAUUAACACUAAUGGAUCAGGUCUUAUAGCCUGAAAUGAAAUGACAUGUGUUUCGUGAUUGUCAUGACAACAAAAGCGCGUGAUUCGUAUACAUUUUCUCAUGUCCCAUCAAGGAGCUGCUUUACAAAACUACAAUAAUGAACUUGUAAAAUGUAUGGCAUACAUCUUAAAGUGUAUUAAAUUUCUAGGUUUUGAGGAGCUUUGCAAAAGACGAGAAGAAUUACAACGUCAAAUUCAACAAGAUGAAACUGAACGCGCUAAGCUCCAAAGGGAAAUAAAUGUUCUGAGUGAUAAGCUUAACAGGGUCAAUGAAGCACUUCAGAAGAAACUGGCAACAAGAAAUGAAUAUGAUAGGACUAUUGCAGAGUCAGAAGCAGCUUACAUGAAGAUCCUUGAGAGUUCCCAAACUCUCCUGACUGUUUUAAAACGAGAAGGUCAGAAUAUUGUUCAGAAGGCAACAGCUAAAAAUGUUCCUUUGUAAUAAUAAACUCAGUAUAUGUUUAUUAAUUGUAAAUACCUGUAUUAUUGACUAUUAAAGCUGCUCUUGUGCUUUUCAUUUAAAGUCAAUAUAAUUUGUAAGCAUCUAAUAACCAUAAUAAUAUAAACUAUACAAUCAGU